GAUGUCGGUAAGUAACUCGUACGAGUUGCUAAAAGCAUCCAUCCUCAAGAGAAACGUUCUCACAGAUCGACAACGUCUUGAUGAGUUAUUUCGUAACAUCGAGUUAGGAGAUCAGUCAGCCGUGAGCAUGCUGGCAAGAAUGAAAGAGAUCAUUGGCCAAAGUCAGUUCGAUGAAGGACUGUUUAGAGAACUAUUUCUAUCCAAACUGCCACAGUCAGUUCAGACUGUACUUGUGACACUUCAGGGUGUUCUCAUAGAUGAUUUAGCUGUCUCUGCAGAUAGAAUUCUAGAGAUAACGAAACGGCCAGUUACCGAAGUAUACUCAGUUACCGAACAGGCUUCGAAGAAGGAUUCGGUAAUGAUAGAGUUAAUCAACUCCGUCCAGCAGAUGCUUAGGUCAAACAAGCCUAGCAAUUCCUCCUAUCGUCGUUCUAAAUCCCCUCAACGGCAAAGCGCAUGUGGACGAUCUAAGUCCAACACACGCUCUCUCAAAAAUCCUGACUGGUGUUGGUAUCACAACACCUAUGGCAAGGAAGCGAAAUGUUGUCGAAAACCUUGUGAUUUCGGCAAAGCCUCCAAGUCUGUGGGAAACUAUCCCGCCGGCACGCGUUAGCGGCAACCGUCGCCGGUGGCACUAGCCGCUUACUUUACAUCCAUGAUGUAAUUAGCCAGACUAGAUAUCUAGUCGACACAGGCGCCGAAGUCAGCGUCCUUCCUGCUACAGCAGCAGAUCGACAGAAGGA